AUGUCUUCUAACUCAGAGAAUAUUGAAAAUACGCAAAACGACAGGUCGGCAAGGCUAUUACGAAAUGUACAACGUUCAGCACUUAAUAAUGUCACAAAUACUUUCAUAUCACAAGAUAAUGUCAGUCAAAAUACGGCCUUGAGAAGUCUUAAAUCUACGUUGAACGUGGCUAAAAAGGACACCUCCCGAAUCUCACAAUUUGGAAAAGAAUCCUUUCUACAUCCAGGUCUGAUAAAUUCGGCGGCGGCGCUUACUACAAGUGAAAAUCUCAAGAAAACGGAUAAUAUAGAUGAUAAAGAAAAUCGUGAAUCAUAUUCAAAACCCUUACCAGCUAUCGAAGAAGAAGGUCAUAGAACAUCUUCCGAGAGUGAUGAUACUACUACAACGGCUGCCGCUACCGCUAGCAGCUCAUCAUCGGAACAGCAGCAGCAACAACAACAGCAGCAGCAGCAGCAGCAGCAGCAUGAGGAACAACCACAGCAACGACAAACAGCAGCCUUUGACGUUAAGAAGAAGAGGCCAAUCUCCACGGUAGUAGAGCAGGAUGUGCCAAAAAAGUUCAAGGUUUGCGAUGUGAAUGGGCAAGCAGAAUACGAAUGGGAAGAUUUAGAUGCUGAAGAUGCCAAUGAUCCUUUCAUGGUAAGUGAAUAUGUCGAUGAAAUUUUCGAUUAUUUACACCAUUUAGAAGUUAUGACCCUUCCAAGAGAAGAAAACCUCUACAAGCAUAGAAAUAUCAGACAAAAUAGGGAUAUUCUAGUCAAUUGGUUAGUGAAGAUCCAUAACAAGUUCGGACUUUUACCAGAAACUUUAUAUUUGGCGAUUAAUACAAUGGAUCGAUUUUUAUGCAAAGAAUUAGUUCAAUUAGACAAGUUACAACUAGUUGGAACCUCAUGUCUUUUCAUAGCAUCCAAAUACGAAGAAGUUUACUCACCAAGUAUAAAACAUUUUGCAUCAGAAACCGAUGGGGCCUGUACAGAGGAUGAAAUUAAAGAAGGUGAAAAAUUCAUUUUGAAAACAUUAGGUUUCAAUUUAAAUUAUCCAAAUCCAAUGAAUUUCUUGAGAAGAAUUUCUAAAGCUGAUGACUACGAUAUACAGUCACGAACGUUAGCCAAAUUUCUUCUUGAGAUAUCAUUAAUGGAUUUUAGAUUUAUCGGAAUUUUACCAUCAUUAUGUGCCGCUGCUGCAAUGUUUUUAUCAAGAAAAAUGUUAGGUAAGGGUAAAUGGGAUGGUAAUUUAAUUCAUUAUAGUGGUGGUUAUACGAAGGAACAAUUAGCUCCAGUCUGUCAUAUGAUAAUGGAUUAUUUGGUGAGUCCCAUGGUACAUGACGAAUUUCAUAGAAAAUACCAAUCAAGAAGAUUUAUGAAAGCUUCGAUAAUAUCCGUCCAAUGGGCAUUAAAAGUAAGGAAAAACGGAUACGAUAUAAUGACAUUGCAUGAAUAG